ACGUUUAAUUUAAAACCGGAACAAACAAAAGGAACCAAAGCAAAGCUCAGCAGCUGUUUCAGUUGUUAUUAAGUGAUAAAGACACAGUUUGUGUAGUACAGGACUAUUUAAGGGACUGAUGAGCGGAAUUUUAGCUCUUUUUUUGCUGCAGCUUGGACAGAGAAAUAUCGAUGAAGAUGAUAGCAUAACAUUAGCUAAACAUCAAUAUUGUAUGUUUUUAUUUAUAUUUUAAAGUUAUCUUUUAUUUAGUAACCCUUUCUUUUAGCGUUAUUUAAAAAUAGUCUGGAGUUAUAAUGAAGGGCUCCCGUUCUGCUUUGUCAAGCCGGAGGGUGAGGAGCAGCAGCGGGGCGGCCGAGCUGCUGUAUCCGUUGCUCGGUGCGUGUCUCUGGGCUACGGUGGUCGGGUACAAGCCGGUGAUCAUAGUGCACGGUUUGUUCGACAGCUCAGGGGAUUUUAAACACUUACAGCUGUUCAUUAACGAGUCUCAUCCUGGAACAAAUGUUACCGUCAUCGACUUGUUUGACAGAAGUGCCAGCCUGCAGCCCAUGUGGAAGCAGGUGGAGGGAUUCAAGUCAGCUAUUUACCCAAUAAUGCAAAAUGCAGAAGACGGGGUCCAUUUUAUUUGCUACUCUCAAGGCGGGCUGGUUUGCAGAGGAAUCCUUUCCACUCUCUCUGACCACAAUGUCCAAUCUUUCAUCUCUCUGUCCUCGCCUCAGGCCGGGCAAUAUGGAGACACGGACUACUUGAGGUACCUCUUCCCACAGUUUAUGAAGUCCAAUCUCUUCCACCUCUGCUACACGUCAGUAGGUCAGAGGAUCUCCAUCUGCAACUACUGGAAUGACCCCCACCACAGAGACUUGUACGUAAACAGCAGUGAUUAUUUGGCUCUGCUCAACAGCGAGCGAUCCAAUCCAAAUUCAACAGAGUGGAAGAAGAACUUUCUCAAAAUAAAGAAGCUGGUGUUGAUCGGAGGACCAGACGAUGGAGUCAUCACUCCCUGGCAGUCGAGUCAGUUUGGAUUCUUUGACGACAACGAGACGGUUGUUGAGAUGCAGCACCAAGAUGUGUAUUUAAGGGAUGUUUUCGGUCUGAAGACGCUGGCGGCUCGUGGAGAUCUGAUCAUCUGUUCUGUUCCCGGCGUCGAACACGUGUUUUGGCACUCGAAUGAGACGGUGUUCCACACGUGCAUUGAGAAGUGGUUGGUGUAGAACAAAACAUUUUUACAGCACACACACACACACACACACACACACACACACACACACACACACACACACACACCAUGCAGUUUUAUAAACUUUUAAAGUUUUUUAAAUCUGUAAAUCAAACUAUGCCCUGUUGGGUCCUUGAAUUUGAGGGAAUUGGGCCUGAAAAGUCCUUGAACCUGACGUUUAAAAAGGCGUGGGAAUCCUGACGAUCUAUAUGAAUUUACAGCCAGCAGCGCGUUAGCAUAUUUUAGCAUAAAGCCUGGAAACCGAGGAAAACGGCUAACAGAUUAAACAAACCUGGAAUCUAAAUUAGUGAGCUUUAGCGAUGAUGGUAGGCUACCUUUGGACGGAGCCAUGCUAUCUGUUUCCAUUCUUUAAGCUAAGAUACCUGCUGACUGUAUGUUAAUAUGUAUUGCACAGACAUAAGAGUGAUAUUGAUCUUCUUAUUUAACUCUUGCCAAGAAAUCUAAUAAGUGUAUGUCUCAAGAUGUCAAACUGCUCCUUCUAAUCAUUAGUUUUAAAAGGUGCUGCUGCUGUCAAACAAAUCCAGCAAAUCUCUGUGUGCUGAAGGUAUUUUAUCAAAAGAUAACAAGGCACAAACUGUCAGAAGCAACCAAUAUAAAGGCUCCCAUAAACUCGGUAACAGUUUAACUAACAGUUAUGUUAUUACAGUCUGCAACAGUAAAUCAAAACAGACAUUAAAGGAUUUUAGAAUUGCAUUCCAGCAAAUUAAAGACACUUGUAGAAGACGGAUUAAAAAGAGAAAGGUCAAAAAUCAAUGUAGCAAUGGUUGAGGGAAAUUGUUACUGUCUUCACAGGCUAAGUAGCCCUUCAAGACUGCUCUUCAUGUGCACAAAAUUGGUGGAGUGCCCCUUUUAAUUUUUAUAAAAGCGAGCCCACAUACAUACAGUAUAUAUAUCUAUGUGUAUGUCUGUGUGUGUUUGGUACACAUACCUCAAAACAACACACAACACACAACACAACAGUGCCUGAGCGACGUUCUGUCAUCUUGUCUACAUGUACAGACUCACUGCUCAUCUUGUGAUGCAGUAAUUUAUAUAUUUUUAUUCCUCCAUUAUUUUAGUGUUUAGAUCUGACCGUGAAUAUCAUGUUACUUAUCAUUAUCAUGCAGUGCUUUAGAGAUUUUAUAGAUUAAGCCUUACAUUUUCCUGUCAUGCCUCAGUGUUUUAUGUCCCAUACCAAAGUGCUACAACACACUGCCUUUAGUGAUGGUGCUCAAAGUAAUGAGGGGUGGAUGAAGAGUGGCCGGAGAGGGGCAGUGCUAUAUUAGUGUUUACUUGUCCACUAAACUAUUGUACAUGGCGCUCUUUACCUCCCAUCACGUUUAGAUAUCUCAGGCGUUUAAACUUCAUGUUUGUCUGUUUGUUGGAAAAGGGAUUUCUCCUAACUGUUGCAUUUUAUUGGAUGUUUAUGUACUUUAUAAAUGUUUCUGAAAAUAAGAAACAGAAUGGAAAUAAAUGUCUAUUGUGUGAAAAAACAGGAAGUAUUGAAUAAAGUCUGCAUUGCACAAUGUUUAACCAGAUAAAAAGAAGGGAAAUUAUGAACAGUUAUAAAGUUUUUAGAUUUACUGUAUUAUUUUAAUAUUGUUGCAUCUUUUGUCUUGUGUAUGCUUGUACAAGUUAAUUAACCUAACUGCAUAAACUAUGGAUUUAAGGGAGGUCUUCUCUGAGUUCAGUUUUCUUGCUAUAAAAACUGUAAAUGUGGUUAUGGACAGUCUUUUAAAAACUCAAACUGAAACUGCUAUUUUGACUCUGUCUUACAAUUUCUACAGUAUUUGGGCCGCAAAUGAAAAUGUGUAAAAUGUUGUCAAUUCCUCAAUAAAAGACCAUUUUAAACAUU